AAAGGGAGGCAGUGAAAGGGAUUGAGCAGGAUGCUGCCCGGUGGAGGGACUGAGGCAGUACAACACACUUUCUCCCUCCUUGAGCGCAUCAACGAGCUCUGAUCCAUAGGUGGAAAAGCAGAGAGGUCUUCUUAGACAAGAUCACAGAAAUGUAACAAUUACGAAUGGAGAGGAGAGCUGAAAAAAAGGAAGGAUUUUAAGGAAACCGAAGGCAUCAAAGUCUACAUUAUUAAGGAGGAUUUGAGGAGUCUGCGUUUAUAAUCCGACAUCAGAGGCGGAAUGUGAAUCCAAAUAACUUAUGUUAAUUAGAGAUUUUAACGAAUAUGAUGCGAUUUGAACGGCUCUGAGGUACCGAGAGGAGAAUUUUAGAUUGGCCACUUGAAUAUAAAUAUCUGUGGUUUUUUUGGAACCAGCCAGUGUUCAUCCGUCGACUUGCCCUAAAACUGAUUUGCAGCCUCUUCGGUCAUUUGCGUCUAAAAAGGAGUUGGCUAUCAGAGGUUGGACUGCUGUGCGUCCGUGCAUCUCUCUCACAGUGGAGUUACCAUCAUCAUCAUCUCGGACUAAGGGGAUGCUUUUAGUGCCUCCAUGGUGCGAUGAUUGCCUCCUUGUUUCCGUCCGAUUGAGAUCUGCCAGACUUUGUGGAAAAGGAGAUUUUUUGUUUGAUGUCACUGUUUGUCAAAUGCACGACAGUCUGCGGUGCAACUCAAUACAGUGGACCUCCACAACAUCCAGACAAGUGACAACUGACAUUAUCACGACGACCAACGAAAGUUCCGAUCAACUUCAAAACUAAAGCGCUCAAGUUUAAGUCUGGAAUAUAAGAAUAGAUGAUUCUUAGAUCGCAGAGGACGAAAAACACCUAGGCCUACAAAAUGUUCAAAAGGGGCUGUGGGUUGGAGUUCCUGCUGGUUCUCUGUGGGCUCGAGUUUUCCUGGUCCUGCCCUCGUCACUGUAUCUGCUACACUGCACCCAGCACCGUCUCCUGCCAAGCCCACAACUUCCUGUCAGUCCCAGAAGGCAUUCCUCCUGACAGUGAGCGCAUUUUCCUACAGAACAAUAAGAUCCAUCGCUUACUUCGGGGUCACUUCAGCACCAACACGGUCACCCUCUGGAUUUACUCCAACAACAUCACAUACAUUGAACCCUCAACCUUCCACGGCUUCACGUUGCUCGAGGAGCUGGAUCUUGGAGACAACCGUCAUCUGCGCUCUCUGGCUGAGGACACCUUUCAUGGACUGAAUCGGCUAAAUGCGCUACACCUGUACAGAUGUGGGCUCAGUUCACUUCCUAACAACAUCUUCCAAGGCCUCAGAAACUUGCAGUAUCUCUACUUGCAGGAUAAUCAUUUGAAGUUCCUGCAGGAUGACACCUUUAUGGACCUCCACAACUUGAGCCACUUGUUCCUGCAUGGAAAUCAUCUGUGGAGCCUUAACCAGAACACCUUCAGAGGCCUUCGGGCCUUGGAUCGUCUGCUUCUGCACCAAAACCAGAUUGAAUGGGUUGACCGCCUGGCCUUCCAUGACUUAAAACGCCUCACUACCCUCUACUUGUUCAACAACUCUCUGAUACAGUUAUCUGGGCAGUGCCUUGACACGCUGCCUGCCCUGGAAUACCUACGCCUAAACGACAACCCCUGGUCAUGUGACUGCAAGGCUCUGUCACUGUGGGAAUGGUUGAAACGCUUUCGAGGUUCGACAUCUGCCGUAGGUUGCCAGGCACCACCUAAUAUGGUUGGGAAAGAUCUCAAGGAGCUUCGCAAAGAGGACUUCCCUAACUGUUCACCAACUGUACCUAAUUCAGAGUCCAGAGCCCAGACUAAUAAUUUAUCUGGCACAGUGAACCCAUCCAUGAAUCGUGGUGUGGUGGCUGGCUCUGGAGGGCAGACCCACAUAGUGCAUCCCUCGAGACCUGGUCGUUCUCGGAACUGCACAAAGCCUCGUAAUAGGGUGAGCAAAGGAAAGGGUGACAAUGAAGUUCAUCACUCAAAAGAGGUCAUGGCAGACAAGGAGGAUUCCUCCCCAGAUUUUACAGAUGGGGGAAAACAUGAUCAUACAUCACCAGACGGCACCGUCACACGGAGGAAGCACAAGUGCGGUCCCCGGACCACUGUUCGCCCACCCAGUGGGGUACAGCAAGCCAACAACAGGGCAUCUUUAUCCCAGUCCUCACUAUAUGUCUACGCCCUCUUGGUGGCCUUGGUAACAACAAACACUGACUAUAUUCUCCGCUGACCUUCAGAGGGUGCGGCUAAUGCUAAUCACCGAAACACAGCCCUCAGACUCCUCUCCUGCUCCUGCACUACAAGGCCUGCGUGUCUUUUAUGUAUGUGUGUGUGAGUUAUAUGUGCAAAUGUUGUGUAGGGAGUGUUGGUGUUCAGACAGAAACAGGCAUCAAACAUCUACAACAAAAAGACUUGCAGCACAAAACUCAGAGGGACGAAGAACGAUGAAAGGUUAAUGAAGACCAAGCUCGCACUGCCACUUAUACCAGUAUGAUUUAACCUUCAUACAUCUCGGUAUCAUAUAAAGUAUAUUUUUUUCAAGUUCUGUUUGUCACUCAAGUAGAGCUUGGAUGACCAACACUUGAUAAGACAAGAGCAAAGGAGGAGACAACAGAAGAAGCAAACUUCAAGGUAGCGAGUUUGCUCUGAGACAUACGCUCAAUCUUAAGUGUUACAUAUACAGUAACUUUUUUUUUCAGUUCACAGUCUUUAAAUUGUUAUCAAGAGGUAACAAACUUAUUGUCAGUGAUCCUGUAAAUCUGCGAGUGUCAGCCCUGUCUUACUGUCAUCAUAUUUUCCACAUGUACUUUUUCGUUGCAUCAUUUGCGAUUGACAGGACCAAGCAAUUGGGUUUAAGUGUUUGUCGUAAACAAAGAGAUAAAAGUGUAAGUACGGCAAUAAAUUGUCAUUCAUUAUCAGACCAGAGAAUGUGUCUCUUACUAAUGAGAGAAAAAAUCUAUAGCCACAAAUGUUUUAAGGCCAUAAACAGAGCAGUCUGUUAGCUUAUACACAAAAAAUACUAUUUUUUAGGUACUGUACCAACUUUCUGCCUAUCUAACAGAAACUGUCAUUGCUGUUGCAUUUCUGCAUUGGACUCUACUUCCAUCUUCAUUCACACCAUUUUCCUCCUUCUGUGCAACUGAAUAAAAAGCUGCUAAUUGUUUCAAGAUGACAAGGACUGACAUGCGCUAUUUUCAUUUGCUUGGAAAACAAAGUGUGUCUCUGGGAGAUCAAGCUGUGAAUAUCAAAGAGUCUGUCUAUAUCUUGUGUCAGAUGUUGUUUGUUUGAUUUUUAUAUGACACAAAAUGGACCUAGAGAUGGAUCCCUGCUGCAGGACCAACAGGAGCCUUAGAGGUCAAAGGUCAGGACGGGCUUUCUCAGUUUCCCAAUGAGGCUGUGCUGAACUGAUCUCCCUUCAGUGUGAGGGCAUCACUCCCUCAAUGAGAAUGUGAGGAACACAUUUUUUCCUUAAUCAUUUAACAUCAAUGGAACACAAGAGCAAGACUCAAAGGGAAAAAAAUGUGUGUGUACCUUAAAUGACUUGUGUGAUCAAUAAAACAUUACAAACAUUUUGGAUGGAGCAUGAGAAAAUAGGGAUCAUGCAGAGAGAAUUCAGAUUACACUGCUUUAUUAACUGAUGCGGUUAUCUGAGGCCGAGACAAUCGCUUCUGAAGUGUCAAAGGGAUGCCGAUUGAGAGACGGACAAUUACAGGACAUCUUGCUGUACUUUUGGAGCUUUUGUGCCUCCCUUCAACUUACGGAUAAGACGGUGUUUGUAUCAAUGAUGUGAACUGUCGUUACAGUGCAGACAAGAGGACUUCUCGCAGUGCUGAUAUUAAUCAUUUACUGUAUUACUAUGAGAAAAACAAUAUCAGUGACAUCAAUGAUGAUAACAGGGUUUUCUCCUCCUCAUGUCAAGAGGAGCCUAUGAUUUUUGAUUUUCUGGUGAUUUGUUUAUUUGCGUAAGUUUUUCAUGUUAUAUUUUUAGAAUCUUUCUUUGUUAAUGCACAGUUCCUCACCUCUCAUUUUCUUGUUCUACUGUAUGCCUAGUCAUCUUCUUUCUUUGUCAUAAAUCAGUUGUUUCUGUAAGUUAUCAUCAGAGAACAACAGUACAAAAUGUUUAUAAAAAAGAUAUUAAAAUCUAUAUCUUCUUAUGUC